AUGCUUGCAUCGGCCACGAUGGAUCAUCUCCAAAGCGAAGAAUACCGCCGCGUCCUGGACAUGGUCGAUCGCUUGCGCACCUGCGGCCUUGGCUCAUUACUUCCAUUGCCACAGCUCGUGGUCUGCGGAGAUCAGUCUGCUGGCAAGUCUUCCGUGCUCGAGGCCAUCACCGAGGUUCCAUUUCCACGCAAGGAGAACCUCUGUACACGCUUCGCCACCGAGAUUAUUCUCCGCCGCGACCCACGCGAGACUGUCCACACCAAAAUCAUCCCAGAUCGAGCCCGUACCGAUGCCGAGAAGGCGAAGCUGGCCGACUUCAACGAAACCAUCACCGACCUGAACGAGCUCCCUGACUUGAUCGAGAAGGCGACUGACUUGAUGGGCCUGAACGAAGCACCGGCGAACAACCAGUCUUCCACCCGAGCUUUCUCUCGUGAUGUGCUGAGCGUCGAGAUCGCCGGUCCCGGCCGUCCACAACUCACUCUUGUCGACUUGCCCGGCCUCAUCCUCUCCGCAAACAAGGAGCAAAGCGAGGCUGACGUGAAGCUCAUUCAUGCCCUUGUCGGUGAUUACAUCGCGGAGAAGCGUACCAUCAUGCUUGCAGUCAUCUCCGCCAAGAAUGACUACGCCAACCAGGGCAUCCUGAACAAGUGCAAGGAAGUAGAUGCGGGUGGCCAACGCACUCUCGGUAUCAUCACCAAGCCCGACUAUCUACGCACUGCCUCGAGCGAAGCAACAUGGAUCAAUUUGGCUCAGAAUAACAACAUUUACUUCGAGUUGGGCUGGCACAUGCUCAAGAACCGCACCGAGGAUGAAAUGGAUUCCACGUUCGAAAGCCGCAAUGCCUCUGAGCGUGCCUUCUUUAGCAGUGGACAGUAUCGAGAUCUGCCGGACACCGACAAGGGCAUCACUGCUCUACGCUCCAAAUUGUCGAAAUUGCUUUUCAAGCAUCUCAAGAAGGAGCUGCCCAACCUCCAGGCCGAACUCAACGCCAAGCACUCCAAGACCGUUGAUGCGCUGGAGCAGUUGGGAGAGAAGCGUUCCACGAUCGCCGAGCAAAAGCGUUUUCUCAUGGGUGUUGCCACAGCAUACCAGAACAUUGUCGGAAACGCCGUGGACGGGCACUACGAGAACCCAUUCUUCGGCCCCAUCAACACCGAGAAGGGUUUCGAAGAUGCUGGGAAUAUGCGUCGACUGCGCGCUGCCGUACAACAGCUCAACCUGCAGUUUGCGAGUCAGAUGCGUCAAUACGGCCACAAGUUCAGAGUCUGGGCAACCAAAGAUGCUGCCGGCACGAAUUCGAAGCAUGAUCUGCCGGAGCCAGCGAUGGACGAGGACUACUCCGCCGCGAAGGACCUUCAGAAAGUUCUCAGUCGCGCACAAGCUGUCGAGUGGGUAAAGCAGAUUCUCAUCCGUACUCGUGGUCGCGAGCUCGCCGGUAAUUUCAACCCACUGCUCAUGUCUCAGCUCUUCUGGGAGCAAUCCGAGCACUGGGAAGAACUGGCAUCUCAGCACAUUGAUCGUGUCAGUGCGCUAUGCUGUGCUUUCGCCAAGGCAGCCAUCGACGACGUGGUCUUCACCGACGUCUCUAUCAAGCUCCAGGCAUCGAAGCUGGACGAUGCCAUGAGACAGCGUCGUCUCGCUGCCCUCGCAGAACUCCGUCAGCUCAUCGCCGACAAGCAGCGCCCACCCAUCACCUACGAUCCAUCCUACACUGCCACCGUCCAUGAAGCUCGUAGUCAAAAGACAACAGCCAAGAUCCAAACUCUAAUGGAUCAAGCCAAAGUCGACGUCAACAACGACGGCCAGAAUCUCAUCAACGCACAACUCCUCACCAACCAACUGAAAGAAUUCAUUGAACCAGACAUGGACAAAACCUCAGCAGAAGACGCUCUCGACAGUCAACUCGCAUACUACAAAGAUCGAGUCCGCUACUUCAUCACCGCCGUGACCGACCAAGUCAUCGAACGCCAUCUCCUCCACAACCUCGCGCAAGACACUCUUUCCCCCCUCAUCAUCAACGACAUGGCCGAAAAGGAGAUUUCGUAUAUUGCCGCUGAGGCUGAAGAGGUUACGAAUAAGCGUGCGCAUCUCGAGAGCCAGAAAAAGAUUCUGGAGAGUGGGCAGGAGGCGUUUCGUGAGGCUGUUGGGUCGUAUAAGUAG